AUGUCACUGCGUCUCGGCCGUAUCCUCAGAACCAAAGCCCCCGCUUCACCCCACGCGCGGCAACCACUGCUCCGCGUCCCACCAUCACAACUCCUCUUCUCCUCCUUAGCUUCGAUUGCAAUCCGCGCACCAGCUUCUACCGCUCCUCCUUCUCGCCAAAAACUUCCAUACCAAACCCUCCAAACCCGCAAUAUGUCUUCCGCCCCCGCUAAGAGAGAGUUCCUCUGCAUCCUGCCCGAUAAGCCCGGCGCGCAGGCUAAGCGUCUCGAAGUUCGCCCUCUACACCUUGAGGGCGCCAAGGUGCUCGGCGCGUCCGGCUCUCUUGCUCUUGGUGGCGCCAUGCUGAAUUCCCACCCUGCCGAAGGCGAAACUCCUUCCUUCAAGGGAAGCGUGAUGCUCGUUGUCGGUGAUUCUGAGGCUGAGGUGCGCGACAUCCUUAACAAGGAUAUCUAUACCACCUCUGGUGUUUGGGAUAUGGAGAAUGCGCAGAUUAUUCCGUUCAAGUCUGCGCUUCGCGAGGCUUUGCUGUAG